AUGAACCAGCCUGCAGUGAGCCCCGAAUGGGAACAGUGUGAGUAUGACAAAGAUAGUGAAACUGAUAAAAGAUCAUGUAAGAAAGAACAGGGUAUAAUUCAUGACAUCGAGAAAAUGACUGUGGUCGAGGAGACUCAGCCUGUAGGCCCCAACUUGGAGAUCACUGCAAGAUUCAGUACCAAAAGAAAGAUGAAGGAACUGGAAAUUGUAUCAAGUUUCUGUAAGGAAUGGCACUUCCAAAGCAUAUUAUUGGUUACAGCUAUCGUAUGUGGGUUUUCUUACAACUUGGACGCUGUUUUGCGUAGCACUUAUACUGGCUAUGCUACCAACUCCUUUUCUCAGCAUUCUUUAUUGGCUACUAUCAAUGUAAUCAAUUCUGUUGUGAGUAUUGCUUCACAACUUUUUUUUGCUAGACUCUCGGAUCAUUUUGGUCGGCUACAGCUUUUUGGUUUUUGUACCCUUAUGUACAUAGUUGGUACAAUUUUGCAGUCUCAAUCGAAGAACGUUUCAAUUUAUGCUGGUGGUGCGGUCUUUUACAAUGCUGGUUAUACUGGUGUGCGUUUGUUGAUGACGAUUAUGAUGUCAGAUUUCAGCACUCUAGGAUGGAGGUACUUUAUGAUUGCAUCUCCAGACUGGUGUUACAUUAUUAUCACAUGGGUUUCAGGUAAUAUUAUUGAGAUUUCGAAUCCGUUAGAGAAUUGGUCAUGGGAUAUUGCUAUGUGGGCGUUCAUUUUUCCUCUAACCACUAUUCCCUUAGUUGGCUUUUUGGUAUACAUGUUUUACAAAGCAUCUCGUACUGAUGAAUGGAAAGAAUUGCGGUCAGUUACCAAGAAGAUGCCAACCCCAGUAUACAUCAAAGAGGUUUUCUGGAACUUGGAUAUCCCAGGUGUCCUAUUGAUUGCGAUUUCUCUUGGUUGUAUCUUGAUUCCGUUGACAGUUUCUGGAGGUGAAACUGAAGAAUGGAAGGACAGCCGAAACAUUGGUGUUUUAUGUUUAGGAAGUGUUCUUUUCCCUAUAUUUCUGUUAUGGGAAGGUAAGAUAGCAAAACGACCUGUACUUGCGUUGACUUACUUAAAGGACAGGGGUGUCUGGGCACCUUUAGCUGCAUCUUUUUUCAUGUCUAAUGCCUAUUUGAUUGCCACGGAUUAUUUAUACGCUGUAUUACUUGUUGGUUUCAACCAAUCAGAAUCUGCCUCCCAGAGAAUCACUUGGUUACCAAGUUUUGCUGGUGUCGUGAUCACACCGUUCACCGGGCUCUUGAUUACUAGAUGGAAGCAUUUGAAAGUACUAACAAUUACUGGUUGUAUUUUCUAUUAUAUUGCAUUUGGUUUGUUCUACCGGUACAGAGGAGGUAGCACUAACGUGGCUGGUAUUAUCGUAGGAACAAUUUUUAUGGGAUUCGGAUCAGGUAUAUCAACAUAUCCAUUGAUGGUUUCGUUACAAGCCGUCAGUUCUCAUACUAAGAUUGCUAUUGUGACAGCACUGUUCUACACCUUUGAACAGGUUGGUAGAGCUGUUGGUUCUUCCAUAUCAGGCGCCAUCUGGACUCAAGUAAUGUUCAAGGAAAUCUCUAAAAGGCUACCAGAAGAACCAGAAGUCGCUUUAGCAGCUUAUGCUUCGCCUUACACCUUUGUGACUAAAUACGGUUGGGAAACUUCGCAAAGGAUGGCAGUUGUUGGUGCAUACAUGCAUGUUCAAAAAAUACUUUUGUUGGUAGCUUUACUAAUGCUCUGUCCACUAUUUCUAAUGGCAAUCAUGAUGAGAGAUGCCGAGUUGUCAACCUCUGAUGUUGCUCUCAGCAGUUCUGACGAUAGUCAUGUUAUCAUCUCUAAACAUGAGGAUAAGAUCUAUGAAGCUUUCUGCAAGUUUUUUUCGUUUAGUACAAAAAAAGAGGGCUCGCGUGAAAGAAGUUGGAUCUGGAAAAGUAAAAGUUAA